CCCGCCUCCCUCCCCGCCCGUAACCCGAGAGACAGCCUCAACUCUUGGAGGACACUCUCCUGGCAAAGGUUUCUGUGCCUGUUCCCUGUGGAAGCCAGCAGCGAGCACAGGCACGUUAUGAAUUUCUCUAGUUUGCUUGCCACGGUCCAGAACGGUUCGUUCUCGCGAACGGCCCCUGCGCAGGGUGCUGCGAUGCCACCAGGAGCUCCAAAAUCCCACGUGGACUUGACGUACGGAAGAGUUUUGCAGGGAGCUGGGAUACGUCAGCGGAUUCCCCGGAGCGCGGGGAUCGUGGAGGGGGUCCGCAGAGGAUGGAAGAAAAACGACGCAAGUACUCGAUCAGCAGUGAUAACUCAGACACCACUGACAGUCACACCACGUCCGCCUCCAGAUGCUCCAAAAUUCCGAAUACCAAAUCCACCUGGUCACGGCAGAAGGAGAAGAAGCCCUCUGAGGUUUUCCGGACGGAUCUGAUAACGGCCAUGAAGAUCCCCGACUCCUUCCAGCUGAGCCCCGACGAGUACUACGUCCUGGCCGAUCCCUGGAGGCAGGAGUGGGAGAAGGGCGUCCAGGUGCCGGCGAGCGCCGAGGCCAUCCCCGAGCCCGUGGUCAGGAUCAUACCGCAGCUGGAGAACUCGCCUUCACAGGUUUCACCGAGUAGCCUGCCUGGCUCUGAGAUUUCGGAAGCUACAAGGACUUACUUGCAAGGAGUGAGCCGCUACGACCUGGAUGAGCUCGAUGCUUGCUGGUUGGAACUUGUUAAUAUGGAGCUCAAGGAGAUGGAAAAGCCCGAGCUGGACGAGAUCACCCUGGAGCGAGUGCUGGAGGAGCUGGAGACCAUGUGCUACGAGAACAUGAACAUCGCCAUCGAAACAGAGGAGGGUUUGGGCAUCGAGUACGACGAGGACGUGGUGUGCGACGUCUGCCGCUCGCCGGAGGGGGAGGACGGCAACGAGAUGGUGUUCUGCGACAAGUGCAACGUCUGCGUGCACCAGGCGUGCUACGGCAUCCUGAAGGUUCCCAUCGGGAGCUGGCUGUGCCGGACCUGCGCCCUCGGGGUUCAGCCAAAGUGUCUACUCUGCCCGAAGAGAGGGGGAGCGCUGAAGCCCACCCGGAGCGGGACGAAAUGGGUCCACGUUAGCUGUGCCUUAUGGAUACCUGAAGUUAGCAUUGGAUGUCCUGAAAAAAUGGAACCCAUUACAAAGAUCUCACAUAUCCCAGCAAGCAGAUGGGCUUUGUCCUGCAGCCUCUGCAAGGAGUGCACUGGGACAUGUAUUCAGUGCUCCAUGCCCGCCUGCGUCACUGCGUUCCACGUCACCUGCGCCUUCGACCACAACCUCGACAUGCGGACUAUUCUAGCGGACAACGACGAAGUGAAGUUCAAGUCCUUCUGCCUUGAGCACAGCACAGGUGCCACCAAGCUGCCCGAGGAGGCACGGACAGAGCCUGACCAAGCCCAGCUGGACUUGGAGAAGGUCACGCUGCGGAAGCAGAAGCUCCAGCAGCUGGAGGAGGACUUCUAUGAACUCGUGAAGCCUUCGGAGGUGGCGGAGAACCUUGACUUAAGCGAAUCGCUGGUGGAUUUUGUCUACCAGUACUGGAAGCUGAAGAGGAAAGCAAAUUCCAACAAACCGCUGCUGACACCAAAAACAGAUGAAGUGGACAACUUGGCCCAGCAAGAACAGGACGUUCUCUACCGACGCUUAAAGCUCUUCAUGCACCUCAGGCAAGACCUGGAGAGGGUUAGAAAUCUCUGUUACAUGGUGACGAGACGGGAGAAAAUGAAACACACCAUCUGUAAACUGCAGGAGCAGAUCUUCCAUCUCCAGAUGAAGCUUAUUGAGAAAGAUCUUUACCCAGAACAAACUGGGAAGAAGACAAAGGGUAAGAAAAGUGACCCGAGAAGGAAAGGAAGAGAUGGUAGAAAAAAUAGUCCCGAGAAGAAAGAGAAAAGGAAAUCAGUCAACGAAACUGUAUUGGGACAACUGGGCUUGUCAACCUCCUUCCCCAUCGACGGGACUUUCUUCAACAGCUGGUUGGCGCAGUCGGUCCAGAUCACCGCCGAGAACAUGGCGAUGAGCGAGUGGUCCCUCAACAACGCCCACCACGAGGACAGCACCCCCGGCCUCUCCGAGGAGCUCCUCCAGGACGAGGAGACCUUGCUGAGCUUCAUGAUGGACCAUUCCCUCAGGUCCCCGUUCAAGCAGAGCGAGGCCACAAAGAAAGUGAAAAGCAGAACGAGAACGAACACUAAGAAAAAGCUGCCCAGGAGCAGCCCCCCCGCCGUGGGUGGGAGCCACCCGGAGAGCUCGGAGCCCUGGACUAACAACGCCAGCGACUUGUCGGAUGAUGCCGCCAAGCCCUUCGCUCCGGAUUCCAGACCGAGCAAGUCGGAGAAGGGGACGGCGAAGCUUCCCACCGACCGCAAAGGGACGGGCGAGGCGAAAAAGGCGGCCAAGAAAGGCUCUCUCCCGAAAACCGGCGAACCUCAACCCCCGGCCGGGGCGAGGGGCUGCGUCGGCAAGGAGGAGGAGGAGGAGGAGGAGAGGGAGGAAGAGGAGGAGGAGGAGACGCCGCGCUGCGCUCAGCCGGAGCCCAGCCCCGCGGCCAAAGUGCCUGACUCCAUAGGUAGCCCCAAAACCGUCGUGCGGUUCAAAUUACCAAAGGAGAGCCGAGGGACUCGGAGGUCGCAGCCCCCCAAACCCGACGGCGCCGGCGGAGCUCCCUUGCGUCGUUUCGACGCCGAGACGGACGGCUACUUCUCCGACGCAGAGAUGAGCGACUCGGACGGGGAGUCCCGCGGCGGCAGGGCGCAGCGGGGCCAGCUGGAUGCGGCCGGCGAGGACAUCGUCAGGAUGAGCAUCCUGGCAUCCUAAUUCCUCCCGACCAACCGCGCCGGCUCGACGAGGCCUCAACCCAGUUACAACUGCCAUGUCCAAUUUCUGCCUGGUAUCAUAGCGAGGGGGGAUUUUUAAUAUGUGUAUAUAGUUGGAAAUUCGGCACUGUUGUCUUUCUCUUCUCUCUACGCCUGAGAUACAGCUUCAGCUUCACCGACAUCGAUGACCGUGACAGUAGUGGUCCCUCCCCGGCUCCCCCCCGCUUCCCGGGAACACGAGCUGCCGGCGCCCGGCGGGACCGAUGCCGAGGGUGCCGAGAGGGCGGAGGGUGCCGGUACCCGUGCUUUCUGCAGGGAUGACAGUUUUAAUUCAUGGGCAUUAUUUAACGAGGGGCAGAUUUCUGCCCGGGACGGUUGCCCCCGGAGCAGGGAGCGAGCGGAGGGUACGGUAGCGGCCAGCUGCGGGAGGGGAGAUACCCGCCUGUGUGCGCGUAUACGAGGAAGCGAAAUAAGCGAUACUAAAAUAAAUAAUGACUAAAGCACAAAAGGCUUGUUGGAGGAAAGCGCUUGGGGUGGAAGAGAACAACGUUACGUUUCUAUUUUUAGAAAAUAAAACCCCAAACCUCGGUCGUUAUUUUUCCCCUCACCUUUCCAUCUGGUCGGGAUCCGUCCAGGGGCCAGGAUGCAGAAUUUCUCCCCGUCCCUGCCCUGUGGGUCGACCCCGUUGAGGUCGUUAGAAAAACUGAAGUGAUUUACUCAGGUGAAUUGGUCAGCUGUUAGCGAGCUGGAAAAUGGAAAUGCGGGGCAGGGCGGAGGAGAAAAGCAUCCUUUAAAAACACCGUGGGGAGUCGGGGUUGGUUUAACCUGGGAGGUUGAGCGAAGUUUUUCUGCCCGUGCUUCUCUCCGAUGGCUGCCAUGGUCCCACCGUGCCGGGGCGGCACGUUUGAAAUCCCCUUUGCACAACGAAACGCUUGGCCCCGAGGCCAAACGUACCGUCGCCAAGGGGAAAUGGAAACGCUUGCCUUCACCAUUUUGUUUCCCUACUAAACGCUACAGUGGAAAUGGUGAAUUUAUUCCUCCCCAUCCUUUUUUUUUUUAUUCCUUAAAUCCUGGUUACAAGCUGUUGACUUGUUGCGGGAGGGUGAUUCACAGAAGCUGACAUUAUAAAUAUUACAAUAAUUUAAUGCAUAAAAUGUCCCCAGUAAGCCUUAAAUGUUGUUUAAAAGCCCAUGUUACCUACAAGUCAGGCGAAUUUCCAUGUUUGCACUUAAUUGCACCAUUACUUCGGUUUUGGCUUCAAAGGUCACAGUUAAGUCGUGCUACGUGUUUUAUUGGAGUGACCCCAGUGUGAGCUCAGGGAACAAAAAAAAAAAGGAAUUCACUGAAACUUUUGUUGUUGUUGUUUUUUAAAAAUAAAAAAUGUUUAAAAAAAAAAAACUAAAAAAAAAAAAAACCAAACCUGGGACACUUCUGCAACCGGUUAAACCCAUCACUAAACAAAAACACCUUGCAAUUGUCAAACCAAUCAGUCAAAUAAUUUUGUGGAUGCCAAAGAAUAUUUUGACAGUCAAGCAGCACAGCCAGAAACCGGAAACUUGUCAUUUUGAAAAAAUUGGAAGUUAUUUAGCAACAAAGGACUAAAGACACACUCAUAACACACUGCUGCGGCGUUAGGUUCCAAGCUUGCUCCGAGGGAUGCUGCUGCUCCGAGACCGCAUCCUGCCGUUUUGAUUUCCAAUGCUUUUUGCUCAUUUCACUGUGAGCUUUCUUUUGAAACUCUGAGACUCCUUCAACUGAUGUUUUAGAGUAGAUCAUCUUUAUCAGCCUUCCAAAGUCCUUAUUAGUGAUAAAACUGCAGCAAAGAUAAGCGAUGACAGCCUAGCUCAUCCCAGGCAUGGCGAGCGGCGGGGGCUUCGGGUCGGAUGCUGAGCGCCUGCACCCAGCCCUGGCUAAGCCCAACACUAACCCGGCUGAGACUGACCAUGCCUGGGGAGGAAUCUUCCUCCGAUGGGAAAAAUGUUACACGUGUUAUUAGCAGGAAAAAAAAAAAAAAAGGCGAAAACACAAAACCAGAAAAUCAACAAAACGGGAACCACCUUUGUUAUAAAUUAGCAUAAUCCAUUGAGGUUGGAAAUGAAAAUCUGCUCAUUAAUUAAGGCUCAGUAUGUUCAGAUAAUGUUAAAUACAGUAAAUAGGACUUAGUUUAUCUUAUCAGGCUUGCUAGCUUUAGCUACAGUAUCCUAGUAUAAGAGUCAUAACAAUAAUCAAUAUGCUGCCUUUUAAUGAAUCUUGCUUCCGUGUGCUUCACUCAAUUAUGGUUAAAAAAAAAA